CUCAAGAGGAUGGUGCGGCUGGCGGCCGAGCUGUUGCUGCUGCUGGGGCUCCUCCUGCUCACCUUGCACAUCACCGUGCUGCGCGGCGGCGGCGAGCCCCACGCCCCCCCGGGCGCCGGCAACCACAGCCAGCGGCAGAACACACUCACAGCAGAUGACUAUUCUCCUGAAGACAGCUUCACCCUGAACCCUGAGGACAGAAGAGAAUAUCCUGAUCUCCAGGCUGCCCACCGGCCAUUCCCUAAGCAGCGAUUCAGGCAGGAAAACGGGCAUACAUCCUUGCAAAGAGAUGGACCCAGAUCUUUCCUUCUGGAUCUCCCAAACUUCCCUGACCUUUCAAAAGCAGAUAUCAAUGGGCAGAAUCCCAACAUUCAGGUUACUAUUGAAGUGGUGGAUGGCCCUGACACCGAGGCAGAGAAGGAUCUGCAGAAAGAGAGCAGCAAGCCUAGCUGGCCAGUCCCAUCACCUGACUGGAGGAACUGGUGGCAGAGGUCCUCCACCUUGGCUCGCAUGAGCAGCGGUGACCAGGACUACAAGUAUGACAGCACUACUGAGGACAGCAACUUCCUAAACCCUCUCGGUGGGUGGGAUAGUCAUGCACCCAGUCACCGGACAUUUGAGUCCAAGGAGCAGCCAGAGUAUGAUUAUAUAGAUGGUGAGGGAGACUGGAGCCCAUGGUCCCUCUGUAGCGUCACCUGCGGAAGCGGCAACCAGAAGCGGACGCGGUCCUGCGGGUACGCCUGCACUGCCACUGAGUCACGGACCUGUGACAGACCCAACUGCCCAGGGAUCGAAGAUACUUUCCGAACAGCUGCCACAGAAGUGAGCUUACUCGCAGGAAGUGAAGAUUUCAAUGCUACCAAACUGUUUGAAGUUGAUACUGAUAGCUGUGAAAGAUGGAUGAGCUGCAAAAGUGAGUUCUUGAAGAAAUAUAUGCACAAAGUGGUCAAUGAUCUUCCUAGCUGCCCAUGCUCCUACCCCAGAGAAGUUGCAUACAGCACUGCUGAAAUCUACGAUCGAAUUAAGAGGAAAAAUUUCCGCUGGAAAGAUGCAAGUGGUCCAAAGGAAAAACUGGAGAUCUACAAGCCCACUGCCCGAUACUGCAUCCGCUCCAUGCUCUCUUUGGAAAGCACAACGCUGGCAGCACAGCACUGCUGCUAUGAUGAUAACAUGCAGCUGAUUACCAGAGGGAAAGGGGCAGGCACACCAAACCUGAUCAGCAUUGAAUUCUCAGCAGAACUCCAUUACAAAGUGGACAUUCUGCCUUGGAUUAUAUGCAAAGGUGACUGGAGCCGAUACAAUGAAGCACGGCCUCCAAACAACGGGCAGAAGUGCACAGAAAACCCUUCAGAUGAAGACUACUACAAGCAAUUUCAAGAAGCAAGGGAAUACUGAGAUUUUUCCUCCUCUUCAGACACAAAAUAGCAUUCAUUUCCUGGAUGCUAUAGAACUGAUGGUGGCUGCUGCAUUGUCUCCUUGACAGGGGGUUGAUCAGUUUCUUUCUAAUGAAUGUAUAUAGUUGUAAUAUAAUACAUAAGUAUUUUUCAUAGUGUGUGUAAUUUAUAAACACAUAUCUCUCUAUCUCACACACACCUAUUUUUACACACAAACAUACAUAAAACUUUUCCUGGUAGGAUUUUAUACUGCAAUAACAUUCAUUUAAUAAUGUGCAUUUCAUUUUAUUCCCCAACUGUAACAGAAGGGGUGGGAGGGGGGAAGCAGCUGCCAUCACCAUCAGGGCCCAAAGCCCCAGCUGAGGAGGGCACAUAUUUAGAAGUUGUUAUAAAAAAUAGGAUUGAAGUCUUCCAUAUGGGAAUGGUUUACAAGAUUAAUGCACCUACAGCACCGGUUUUCUCUGAUUUCAUGACUAGUCAUAUCUAAGUAAGGAAUAAAUUUUUUUUAAGAUUAAUACUCAAAAGUGAAUAUAGACAGCUACUAGCUUUUUUUUUUUUUUUUGCCUUGGAAUUCUUCCUUUUACCUUCUAGCUCAGGUCUUUGCAGUCCACCCAGGGUAGGCUUGCAGGGACAUGUAGCUGUGGUUUUCCUACAGAGCAGAAAAAGUCCCAAUGCAGUGGUUCUGCAAGAGUUACAAACAGCCCACUCCUGGAGACAUCUCAGAUACAUUACUACAGCUGUCAGGGCUGAUGUCUUAUGCUGGAGAGCAGAUCUUCAGGGCAACUAUCUGUAAAGUAAGCAUGCUGUAAGUCUCUGGAGUGAGGCCAGAGAAGGAAACAAGGGGAAAAAAAAAAAAAAAAAAAAGAGUUACUUCCUAAUUUUUAGUAUGAAGAGCAUUUUAGAUCUGCUGGGUUUUUUCUUUUAA